AUGUUUCGUUUAAAUAAAAGUGUCAUAAAAUCAGUGACUGGACGGAGAUUUUUCACUGUUGUUGGAUGGGACAGAUCUGUGACCGAACGAGCUAAAAUUUUACAGGGUCUCAACGUAGACAAGCGAAACCUAGCGAGUGCUGAACGAAAACAAAGGACGUUUACAGACAGAUCACAGCUCAAGUAUGCAAGGCGACUGGUCAUCAAGCUUGGUAGCGCUGUUAUUACUAGAGAAGAUGGAAAUGGUUUGGCUUUGGGUAGAUUGGCAUCGAUUAUUGAACAGGUAGCUGAAUGUCAUCAUGAAGGACGGGAAUGCAUUAUGGUGUCGAGCGGAGCUGUGGCGUUCGGGAGACAGAAGCUGACACAAGAGCUACUUAUGUCGCUCUCGAUGAGAGAGACUUUGUCUCCAAGCGAUCAUACUAGAGAGGAUGCGGGUAGUAUCUUGGACCCCAGAGCAGCGGCAGCUGUGGGACAAUCGGAACUCAUGGCAAUGUACGACGCCAUGUUUUCACAGUACAAUGUUAAAAUUGCGCAGGUACUGGUGACAAAGCCAGAUUUUUAUAACGAAGAAACAAAAAAGAAUUUAUUCUGCACGUUAUCGGAAUUAAUAUCUUUGAACAUAGUGCCUAUUGUGAACACUAACGACGCUGUCAGCCCACCUAUGUAUAUUCACGAUGACACUGUUGUACCGGGAACUGGAAAAAAGGGAUUGGGUAUUAAAGACAAUGAUAGCCUAUCAGCGUUGUUGGCAGCUGAGAUUCAGUCAGAUCUGCUAAUUAUGAUGUCUGACGUCGAUGGCAUUUAUAAUAAACCUCCAUGGGAAGACGGUGCUCGAAUGAUGCACACAUACACUUCAAAGGAAAAGGAUCAAGUACAAUUUGGACAGAAAUCUAAGGUUGGUACGGGAGGGAUGGACUCAAAAGUUAACGCAGCUACAUGGGCCAUGGCUCGCGGGGUCAGUGUGGUUAUUUGCAAUGGUAUGCAAGAAAAAGCUAUAAAGACUAUCAUAAGCGGUAGGAAAGUUGGAACUUUCUUCACGGACUGUGCGACUACUUCUCCGACUUCAGUUGACGUUUUGGCCGAAAAUGCACGGACAGGUAGCAGAGUUCUCCAAACACUAUCUGCCGCAGAUAGAGCAUCUGCCAUUUAUGCAUUGGCUGAUAAACUAGUAGAAAAACAAGAUCUUAUUUUAGAAGCGAAUUCAAAAGACUUAGAAAAGGCAACCAAAGAAGGCCUUGCCGCACCACUACUCAGUAGAUUAUCACUAAGCCCUAGUAAACUGAAAACUUUAUCCAUUGGUCUCAAACAAAUUGCUGACUCCAGUCAUGAAAAUGUUGGAAGGGUUUUAAGGAAGACAAAGCUAGCAGAGAAUUUAGUACUUCGACAAGUGACAGUUCCUAUUGGUGUACUUUUAGUCAUAUUUGAAUCUAGACCAGAUUCAUUACCGCAAGUAGCUGCCUUAGCUAUUGCUUCAGGUAAUGGCCUACUUCUAAAGGGUGGCAAAGAAGCUGCUAAUUCGAAUAAAGCCCUUAUAGAACUAGUUAAAGAAUCUCUUAGAACAGUCGGCGCUGACGACGCUAUUUCUCUUGUGUCCACUAGAGAAGAAAUAAGUGAUCUGUUGUGCAUGGAGAAUCACAUCGAUUUAAUAAUUCCACGUGGAUCAUCUGAGUUAGUUAGAAGUAUACAAAAACAAUCACAACAUAUCCCAGUCUUAGGCCAUGCUGAAGGUAUUUGUCAUGUUUACGUAGAUAAAGAUGCAGAUCAUUUAAAAGCUUUAAAGAUUGUUCGUGAUUCAAAGUGCGACUAUCCAGCUGCGUGCAAUGCUAUGGAAACUCUUCUUAUUCAUGAAGAUCACGUUCCUGGAACUCUUUUCAACGAUAUUUGUAACAUGCUAAAGAAGGAAGGUGUUAAAAUCCAUGCGGGACCGAAAUUGUCUUCUCAGUUGACAUUUGGCCCACCUGCAGCAAGGAGUAUGAAAUUUGAAUACGGAGCUAUGGAAUGUUGCAUUGAGAUUGUUCAGGAUAUGGAUGGUGCCAUAGACCAUAUUCAUAAAUUUGGAAGUUCCCACACUGACGUCAUUGUUACAGAAAAUGAGUGCACAGCAAAGCGUUUUUUGACUGCUGUAGACAGUGCGUGCGUAUUCCACAACGUAUCAUCGCGUUUUGCUGAUGGCUUCCGCUUUGGGCUCGGCGCUGAAGUUGGUAUCUCCACGGCCAGAAUACACGCCAGAGGCCCCGUUGGAGUAGAAGGCCUUUUGACAACUAAAUGGAUUCUUGAAGGCACAGAUCACACGGCAGCCGAGUUCAACGAAGGAAAAAGGACUUGGCUCCACGAAACCUUGCCUGUCAAUUGA